CUUACUAGUACUCACACAGAGGGGGAGAGAGGAAGAGAGGAAGAGCAGCCCACCUGUGUGUUUCUGCAUGAACUGACUUUGACAACACACACACUCCUCCUGUUACUAGUAAAGCCUGUUAAGUCCCUAUAGGUGAGUUCAGGUUUGCAUUUGUUUGGAGCAGCUUUGUCGGGACCGAGCCUUUUUUUUCUUCUAUUAUUCAGGAAGAAGAGAAGGGAGGAAAAGUCAUGGACAAAACCGGAGAAUUAAAAAGAAGUUAGCGUCUACAGUAAAGUCACCUUUUGUAAACGAGGAAGAAGCAGAGGAACAGGAUGGGGAUGGAUUUCAGCACUCUGCGGACCCUCAUCAGCAGAUAUUGUGUUGGUGAGGAGAACUGGGUCGACAGCAGGACGAUUUACAUCGGCCACAAGGAGCCUCCUCCAGGAACAGAGGCCUUUAUACAGCAAAGAUUCCCCGACAACAGAAUAGUUUCCUCCAAGUACACAUUUUGGAACUUCGUCCCAAAGAAUAUGUUCGAGCAGUUCAGGAGAGUCGCCAACUUCUACUUUCUCAUCAUAUUUCUGGUUCAGCUGAUAAUCGACACUCCCACCAGCCCCAUCACCAGCGGGCUGCCGCUCUUCUUCGUCAUCACCGUCACCUCCAUAAAGCAGGGUUACGAGGACUGGUUGAGACACAAAGCAGACAACUCCGUCAACCAGUGUCCCGUCCACGUGGUGCAGCACGGGAAGGUGGUCCGCAAACAAAGUCGCAAACUCAGGGUUGGAGAUGUCGUCUUCAUGAAAGAAAAUGAGACGUUUCCCUGCGACCUCAUCCUUCUUUCCACGUCUCGAGAUGACGGCACCUGCUUCGUUACGACAGCCAGUCUGGACGGAGAGAGCAGCCACAAGACUCUCUAUGCAGUUCAGGACACCAAAGCUUACAACACAGAGAAGGAGGUGGACUCCAUCCAGGCGACGAUUGAAUGUGAACAACCGCAGCCGGACCUGUACAAAUUUGUGGGCCGAAUCAACAUCUACAUGGACAACGAGCCGGUUGCCAGGCCGUUAGGAGCAGAGAACCUGCUGCUGCGAGGUGCCACGCUGAAGAACACUGAGUAUAUUUAUGCGGUUGCCAUCUACACUGGUAUGGAAACCAAGAUGGCUCUAAACUACCAGUCCAAGACUCAGAAACGCUCUGCGGUUGAAAAGUCGAUGAAUGCCUACCUGGUGGUGUACCUGUGCAUCCUCAUCAGCAAGGCGCUCAUCAACACGCUGCUGAAAUACGUCUGGCAGGCCGACUCCAACAGAGACGAGCCGUGGUACAACAACCGGACCGACACUGAGAGACAGAGGCACAUCGUGGUCAGGGCGUUCACAGACUUCCUGGCGUUCAUGGUUCUGUUCAACUACAUCAUUCCCGUCUCCAUGUACGUCACGGUGGAGAUGCAGAAGUUCCUCGGCUCCUACUUCAUCAUGUGGGACGACGACAUGUUCGACGAGGAACUCGGGGAGAGAGCUGUCGUCAACACGUCGGACCUGAACGAGGAGCUGGGACAGGUGGAGUAUGUGUUUACGGACAAGACAGGGACUCUAACAGAAAACAACAUGGAGUUCAUCGAGUGCUGUGUGGACGGACACAUUUACGUUGCUGAUGCCAUCUGUAACGGACAGGUGAUGCCUGGUGCUACUAGUAUGGACAUGAUAGACUCAUCACCAGGUCCCGGAGCCAGGGACCACGAGGAGCUGUUUUUCCGGGCGCUGUGUCUGUGCCACACGGUGCAGGUGAAGGAGGAGGAGACGGUGGACGGGAUCAAACACGGCAUCCAUCAGGGCAAGUCCACCUCCUUCUACAUCUCCUCUUCUCCGGACGAGGUGGCGCUGGUGGAGGGCAUGAAGAGGCUUGGCUUCACCUACCUGAGACUCAAAGACGGUCACAUGGAGAUCUUGAACAGGGAGGAUGAGAUUGAGAGGUUUGAGCUGCUGGAGGUUUUGACAUUCGACUCAGUCAGACGGAGGAUGAGCGUCAUUGUCAGAUCCAGUACUGGUGAGCUCUUUUUGUUCUGUAAAGGUGCCGACUCGUCCAUCUUCCCCAGGGUUAUCUCAGGCAAGGUGGAGGAGGUCAGAGCGCGAGUGGAGCACAACGCAGUGGAGGGUCUGAGGACACUUUGUGUUGCGUAUCGGCCUCUGAGUCCAGAGCAGUACACGGAGGUCUGCCACAUGCUGAACGGGGCCAAGUUGGCUCUUCACGACCGAGACAAACGCCUGGCCGAGGCGUACGACGCAAUCGAGAAAGACCUGAUCCUGCUGGGGGCCACUGCUGUGGAGGACAGGCUCCAGGAAAAGGCGGCGGACACCAUUGAGUCUCUGCACAAGGCGGGCAUGAAGGUGUGGGUGCUGACGGGCGAUAAGAUGGAGACGGCGGCUGCAACCUGCUACGCCAGCAAACUGUUUCACCGCAACACCCAGAUCCUGGAGCUGACCACCAAACGCACCGAGGAGCAGAGUCUGCACGACGUGCUGUUCGACCUGAGCAGGACCGUCCUGAGGCAGCACGGGGGCAUGGCCCGGGACUCCUUCUCUGGUUUAUCAGGUGACUGCACUGACUUUGGUCUGAUCAUCGAUGGAGCCACCCUCUCUGCGGUGAUGAGGCCGGCCCAGGAGGACUCCAACUCAGGGAACUACAAAGAGAUCUUCCUAGAAAUCUGCCGCAACUGCAGCGCCGUGCUCUGCUGUCGGAUGGCACCUCUGCAGAAAGCACAGAUUGUGAAGCUGAUCAAAGCCUCUGAAGAGCAUCCAAUCACGCUGGCCAUUGGAGACGGAGCUAAUGAUGUCAGCAUGAUCCUCGAGGCCCAUGUUGGCAUCGGGAUCAUGGGUAAGGAGGGUCGUCAGGCGGUGAGGAACAGCGACUACGCCAUCCCAAAGUUCAAACACCUCAAGAAGAUGCUGCUCGUCCACGGACAUUAUUACUACAUCCGCAUAUCAGAGCUGGUGCAAUACUUCUUCUACAAGAAUGUCUGUUUCAUUUUCCCUCAGUUCCUCUAUCAGUUCUUCUGUGGCUUCUCACAACAGCCGCUCUUUGACACAGCCUACUUGACUCUGUACAACAUCAGCUUCACCUCGCUGCCCAUCCUGCUCUACAGCCUCAUCGAGCAGCACAUCAACGUGGACAUCCUGAAGAAGGACCCCUCGCUAUACAGAGACAUUGCUAAGAACUCUCUGCUGCGGUGGCCCAUCUUCAUUUACUGGACUCUCCUGGGUGUGUACGACGCCAUCGUGAUGUUCUUCGGUGCUUACUUCCUGUUUGACAACACCACCUUCACCAGCAACGGACAGAUGUUUGGAAACUGGACGUUUGGGACGCUGGUCUUCACUGUGCUGGUCUUCACUGUUACAUUCAAGUUGGCUCUGGAUACUCAUUACUGGACGUGGAUCAACCAUUUUGUCAUCUGGGGCUCGCUGGUCUUCUUUGUGGUCUUCUCUCUGCUGUGGGGAGGAAUCAUCUGGCCAUUCCUGAACUACCAGAGGAUGUACUAUGUGUUCAUGCAGAUGUUGUCCAGCGGUCCGGCCUGGCUCAGUAUAAUCCUCCUGAUAACGGCCAGCCUGCUGCCAGAUGUGUUGAAGAAGGUGAUCUGCCGGGCGCUGUGGCCGACCACCACCGAACGCAUACAGAGCGCUGACAAACUCUACGAGGGCCACCUGUCAGAGUUCACCCCCCUGGCGUCUCUCCACGCUCCGUCCAAGGCAGGCGGCCACCGGCGAGGCUCGGGCAACCAGGGGAACCCUCGAAGGUCUGAACCCUUUAGAAAGAAAACCAUGUUCACACGCUGGCAGAAACAGCCAGACUACAGCACCUUCACCCCUCUACUCCGAUUCGCCGAUGGCCACUCGAAGCACGCCUACAACGGGGGGGCGGGGCCAGAGACCUCAGUCUAAUUUAUUUGCGUCUCACUAUUCUUAUUCUCUCAUAUCAGAUACAAUUGCAUCUAUUUGUGGAACUGAACAAAGGAGUAGUUUAAUAAAUCGGUCCACUGGAGUUACCCAAAAGUAACUAUAACUUAUUUAUGUGACUGGAGUCAAAUACCUGGCUGUGAUGCUAACCGCAGGUAUCUGUAGUCCAUCUGUAAGGGAUUACAAUGAAAGUGACCUUCACAAAUGCUCAGCCAAGUAUGCAGCAAAGCAUUAUGGGACGGCCCCUAAAGGACUCGCUUGCCGCCACAUUUUGCAAAGGGCUCAGCGUAUCGAUGUCACACACACACACAUUCUUACGUCACUGGAAAUAUGUGCACUGGCCCUUUAAGUCUGCCUGCCUUUGCUAGCUGGCAGCUGGAGUGUACUUUGUUUAAAGGAUUUAUAUGACUUUUUUUUAAAUAAUUGUGAUUGUGCUGCUGCUGCUGCUGCUGCUGAAGCCGGCUUAAGCUUUCUCUGACCAAACCUUUUCUUUUUCUUCACUCCCACCAUCUCUGCCUCUUUUCAGGACUAACUGGUGUUGCCUGUGUGCAAACAUGUUAUCCCGAAACACUCCCUAGGACUCUCUACAACAUUGUAAGAAAGAGUGUAGUGGAGCGGUAAAGCCCAAGUGUUGGAUAUAUGGAUCCGAGUGUGUCUUAUUUUUCUAAUUCAUCCUUAUUUUUGGAAAUAAGACCUACUUUAGCUGCACAUCUAACACUUGAGCUUUCACCUGUAGGUAGACUAGAUUCAUUUGUGGAUCAGGUGUGUGUGUACUGAUAGCUAGCAGUGUUUUAGUGUGUGUUGCAUUCAUCUCUGCAGAAUCCCCUAUUGUCUUAUUGUCUUUAAAGCACUUUACCUGGAGACCUUCUUCAUGUACGUAUUAUGCUAUGAACAGAGACUGAUCUAAGUUGUUCUAAUGGCUAAGAAAAUAGUAGAAAUGGCUAUACUGUAUGUUAGCUUCCCCCGCUGCUUUAAAUGCCUUAAUGUCACUUUGUAAAUCCCACAUGACCUUUUACCAAAGAAACAAAGACGAUAUCCUUUAGAAGCACAUUUGGGGUCCAUGUCAGUAGUCAAGAUUUGAGAGCUAUUUAACUUGUGUUAAAGCACCUUUUAAAAAGGAUCAAAUGUGCGUGUCCUUGUUGAGAUAAUCACAACACGAAAAAAGGAUUUGAUCAAGUGCCCUAAAUUACUUGAUGCCUUAAAUUGAAAUGCAGUUUUUCUGAGAUUCGCUGAUUUGCCAGGCAGCCAUUUGUUGAUAGCAGACGCUUAGCAUAAAGCCUGGAAACAACUCUGUUUAAAGUGAGACAUCAGACCCAUUCAUUAAGUAUUUUCAGCAUCAAAUAGCUCAGUGUUGAUGCUCCUAAAGGCCUUAUGAUGGUGUUAAAGUCUAAUAUCCAUCUUAAAAAAGGCCUUUUCAGAUCUGUCUCACACUUUCCUGCUUCAACAUGUAUCCCCUCUUUUUGUAGCUGUCUCUCUUCCAGUCUUUCUCAUUCUCCCUGAGGUGAAGUGACGCUGAAGUGGAAGUUUUCCUACCUCUGUGAGCGCCGCCUCCACCCGUCUGAUCAUCAUCAUCCUCUCCACCAUCCGUCCAUGCAUCUAUCAAUGUGAGACAGUGUAGAAAUCAUGCUUUCUUUAUUGGGAUAAUACGAACCAAAGCCUUGUCGCUGCUCGAGAUACCUUUUAGCUGCUUAACUGUAGGUGCCUUGUGGUAGUUUCUCUGUCUCUGCUGAACUGUCUUAGCUGGCAUUAAGGUUCAUUUAGGAUUCAUAACAAGCCAUCAGGCGUACAAAAUCACCGCUGAUGAUAGGUGUGUGGAUGCAUGACUGCGAGAAUGGGAAAAAAAGGUGAAUGUAAGCACAGAUUUACACAGGUUACACUGUCCAAUAAGAUUUAUUCAGAACAAACGCAGCACUGAAAUAACACAAGAGAUACACGGUGAAUGUUCAGUACUUCUUGCACCAAAAUAUCUGUUUUUUAUGGUUUUUAUUCCAAAUGUUUUAUACAUAUCCAGGAGGGCACCUGUCUCUGAGAGGUUCUUUUUGUUGUUUUCUAUUAUGUGUAAUGUUUAAAAUUCCCCUGUACCUCGUUAAAAGUGGUGGUCACACACUGGAAAUAUAUUAAUGUUACAAACUGGGAUUUGGUCGACAUGUUUCCUUUCAAUUUAGCCUCUCUGAGUACUACAAAAAUCGAUAUUUAUGUAAAACGGUAAAUCAAAUGGGUUAUUUCACAGUGAGAUUAUUUGAUAAAUGUGACCUAAUUUGCAUAUUUAAUAAUCACUUUAACCAAAUACAAAAGCACACACGUAAUCUUCCCAAGAGAUAGUCAGGUACUUCCUGUAUCUCCAAUAGUUGUGAAAAACUGUUGAAUCCAAAUGAAUAAAUUAAUGAAUUACAAAACUAUACCCACAUUUACUUAAAUGCAUUUUGUAUAUAUGUUAGAGAUUAUGUUUUUUUACAUCCUGAGUACAGUAUUUGAUGCGUGUCCUAUUUAUUUAUUAGGAAUUGGAACAACCAAACAACACUGGAGAUGUAUGUAUGCUUUCAAAAAGAGAUUUGUGUGUUGUUAGCUCAGAUACACCCGCACUGAAUCGAUCUGAUGAUUGACACUUUGCUGUAGAAAAAAAGCCGUGGAUUUAAUGUACAAAUCGCUCUUGUCCCAACUCUUUCAACUAGACCUGAACUGACAGCCUUCGAACAGAAUGUUAUUUCCUCUUUUACGAUGUAUUAUAGUGUUAUAUUUCUCAUAACCAUCAAUAUCUAUAAAGCACUGUAUGCUCAGAUACAGUAUAUAUAAUAUUCAUGUAGUUAUGUUAAUUGAUGUACAGUUUUGGGGUCUUUUUAUAUACAGUUUUUAACAGAGUCAUAUCAAGAUUUACUUGUGGAUUUUUUGCCAACCUUUCUGUAGCUUUCAACGGCAAUCAACUGUACAUUUGCUUGGAAAUAAAAGCCAGAAGUGGAAGAAUAAAAACCUGAAAUAAUGUGA